GGGCUGACGGAGCUGACCCAGGAUCAGUCCUACAGCAUGGUCUGUGCUGUUGGCUUCUCAGGCGUCCUGUUCGCGCUGAAGGUGCUCAAUAACCAUUACAACCCUGGAGGAGUGACGUAUGUGAUGGGGUUCCCUGUGUCCAAUCAAUACGCUAGCUGGGCUGAGCUCGUGCUGAUCCACAUAACUUCACCUGGGACUUCUUUUGUUGGUCACCUGGCAGGUAUCCUGGUGGGUCUGCUCUACACAGCUGGACCACUGAAGGCCAUCAUGAAGAAAUGUGCAGCGCUCGUGACAUCAAACGGAUAUAACUCCCGGCCCGGUGUGAACUUCAGCUCUUCAGGCUCUUCAGGCUACAGAAGCACUGGUGGAGGAUACUCAGGACACCAUCAGUAUGCACCCAAUGAUGCAUCACCUCCUUCAUCAUCUUACUCAGGAGGAAUGACGGAGGAAGAGCAGCUAGAGGCAGCCAUCAGAAACAGUCUGAAUGAGAGGGGACAAACCAAUCAGAGAGGAGCUCCGCCUCCUCCUCCUUACGGUUUCCACCUGCCACCGGAGGCCAGCGCUGAGGAUAUCAGGAUGCGGAGACUGAGGAGGUUUGACAGCUGAUCUGCUCAGCAGCCAAUUGGAAGAAGGUUUUUACGUGACAGAACAGAAGAAGAAGAAGUCUUUCCUGAAGACUAACUUAAGACUUUGACAUGCUGAAGUAGAGCGGCCUGAAUGAGAAGGUCAAACCACACAGUGUGACACAUAAAGCAGCUCAUUGGCUGUGUGGAGCGGUGAUGUCACGUUGGUCUGAGUGUUACCAAAGAGUUCAUGUCUGCCUUAGAAAGCUGCUUGUGUGUUAUAACUACAAAGUUCAUAUAUGUUAAUGAGCGGCUUUGGGCGCAGCAGUGAAGUUCACUUUCCAGUUUGCUGAAUUUAAAGCAAAAAAAAAAGGGAAAACUAUUCAAAAAGGUAAUUUCUUCAAUCAAUUCAAGAUUAGAAACAGGAACUUAAAACAUAUUAAAUGAGUUCUUACUGUUUUCAAUUUGAAAAGCAUCGUUGUAAAAAUGUAACUAUAUAAAAUGUUUUCUAUAUUCAAUCACA